UGGAGCGUACAUAAUAAGAACUGUGCUUUCCUUUAAAAAGCAGAAGUAAUAAAAGUUUGUUUUUAAAAGGCGGAACUCGUUAUUGGAUUGAAAUCAAUACAUCCUAAAGGGUUUUUUUUUUUUUUUUUUGUAUUUUGAUAGUUUUCAUUAACAUGAGUGGAAUAGCUGUUAAGGGAGGCUGUCUGGUGCUGCUGGCUGCUCUCCUGUGGCUGUCCAAUCUGGCUGAAGGAGGGUGCUCUGGAAAGUGCUGUAAAGGAAGAGACCCGACCUGCAGUAGCACAGACUGGAGGAUGGACCGGGUCUUUGGGACCUGCUUCUGUGACGGAACCUGCAAACACACAGGGGAUUGCUGCUAUGAUUACACACAAGAGUGUCCAGCCCAGCCCUGCACAGUUAGCGAGUGGAGUCCAUGGAGUGGCUGUGCCCUGCAAUGUAAACCUGCCUACCGGGUGCGCAGACGAAGCAUUGAGCAAGAGCCCAAGAAUGGAGGGGAUCCCUGUCCACCUCUGGAGGAGAAGGCUGGCUGCCUGGAAUACGUCAACUACCAGGGGCAGUACUGUGCACAGACACAUGGGCCUGCUUUUAUUACAACCUUGGAAUACAAUAAAGAAAGAAGAAAACGAGAUCUGUCCAACAAAUCAGAAGCUGCUGGGUUUUGUAUGGAAUUUAAGCUGGAAUCCCUUUCCCAGCAGUGCACCAUUGAGACCCGGCCUUACGCUCAGUGGAUGCAGUAUCUACGAGAGGGCUAUACAGUAUGUGUAUUUUGUCAACCACCAGCUAUGAACAGUGCCAGCCACAGUUGCCAAGGAGAUGGCACAGACUUUGAUGGAAAUAAAAUCCUUCACUGGCAAGCGGUUGGCAACUCUCGAUGCAGGGGAACAUGGAAGAAAGUCCAAAGAGUGGAGCAGUGCUCUUGCCCAGUUGUACAUAGUUUUGUUUUUAUUUGAAUAUUUCUGAAACACCAACCUAAAAUACAUUCCUAUUGUAUAUUGCCAUACUGUAUAACUGAUUUACAUUAAAAAAACAAAUUGUAUACAAUACAAAAUAUAAGAUUAA